AUGCUUGGGCUGAUUAGCCAGAAUUAUGUGGCUGUUGAGCACGCGCGUGGCGCUGCUGUGCGCGGUGGUGGCGCUCAGCCUCGGCGGGGGAAGCUGGGCGCGGAGGCGGCCGCGGGCAAUGACCUGACGAGGCCGUACUACUGCGACAAGAACAGCGACUACGGCUUGUGGUACCGGUACUCGUGCGCGUGCCUGGGCAUGACCGAGACGGAGAGGGGCUACUACUGGGAGCCGAAAUUCAACAAGUCGGUGGGUGUGACGUGCCCGGGCGCCAACCUGGCUGUGUUCGGGCGCAUGGCGUUUGGCAACAAGUGGUUGGAGUCGGUGGGGUACGUCAACUGGGUCGACGAGCUCAUGCGCUGCGCGCGCCAGCCGUACCGCGGCAACGGGCGGCAGCUGUGCUACAUCCCCAACAUCCGCGGGCGUUACAAGGAGCUCUUCGUGGGCAACGGCUAUGUGCCAGCCGGCGGUAAGGUCAACGGGCGGCCCUGGAACUGGAACCCCGAGCCGCCUUACAUCGGCAACAACUGGCGCUCCUGGGCCUGGGAUGAAAAGCAGUAA